UUUAAACAAAAAGAAGAAGAAGAAGAAGUUGCUUCAGAUAGAACGUCAUCCUGUGCAACUUCCUGGUUACGCGGUAUCUUUCCCAAUAAAAACAACCUAUUUCGUUUCUUUUAAAUAUCGUCGUUUAAAGGGUUCUUUGAAUCAGCCCUUUUCUCACCGCCCACCAGAGAGGGGGUUUCCACAGGCUGCUGAUCAAAGUUAGCUGCGGGCUAACUUCACCGACAGGCUCCAACCAUGUCCGCCUCAGCUGGCUGCUCCCCGUCGGGCCACAGCUCCGGCCUGGGUCCCGGGAUGUCCAUGUUUCGUUGGCUGGAGGUGCUGGAGAAGGAGUUCGACAAGGCGUUUGUUGACGUGGAUCUAUUGCUCGGAGAAAUAGAUCCCGACCAGGUGGAUAUCACCUACGAAGGAAGGCAGAAAAUGACCAGUCUGAGCUCUUGUUUUGCUCAGCUCUGCCACAAAACACAGACGGUGUUCCAGCUCAACCACAAACUGGAGGCCCAGCUCGUUGACCUGCGCUCUGAGUUGACUGAAGCUAAAUCUGAGCGGACGGUGGUGGAAAAGGAGGUCCAUGACCUGCUGCUGCAGCUUCAUGCUCUGCAGUUGCAGCUUAGCGCCAAGCAGGGUCAGGCAGAAGACUCUGACAGCAUCAAAGACAGGCUGCUUGCAACAACCUUGGAAGGGAUGGAACAGGAACUCCAGGCUGGUAAGAAAGAGAAAUUAAGUGAGGCAAGACUGGAAGCAGAAGUCCGACUUUUUAAGAAAGAAAAUGAGGCCCUUCGUAGACACAUUGCCGUUCUGCAGGCUGAGGUGUAUGGAGCCAGGCUAGCUGCUAAAUAUUUGGACAAGGAACUGGCUGGCAGGGUGCAACAGAUCCAGUUACUUGGUCGUGAUAUGAAAGGACCAGCCCACGACAAGCUGUGGAAUCAGUUGGAGGCAGAGAUUCACCUCCACCGGCAUAAAACAGUCAUCCGUGCAUGCCGAGGUCGCAGUGACCCAAAAAAGGCUCUUCCCUCUCCUGUGGGACAUGAUCCUGACUCUUUGAAGAAAACCCAAGGAGUGGGCCCCAUCAGAAAGGUGGCGCUCCUGAAAGAGGAUCACGAAGGCCUGGGAAUCUCCAUUACAGGUGGGAAGGAGCACGGUGUUCCCAUUCUAAUUUCAGAGAUCCAUCCCAGCCAGCCUGCAGACAGAUGUGGAGGUCUGCAUGUUGGAGAUGCCAUCCUUGCUGUUAACAGCAUCAAUCUGCGAGACGCAAAGCACAAAGAGGCUGUCACCAUUCUGUCUCAGCAGCGAGGACAAAUUGAGUUUGAGGUCGUGUACGUGGCUCCGGAAGUGGACAGUGAUGAUGAGAAUGUGGAGUAUGAGGAUGACAGUGGCCAUCGGUACCGACUUUACCUAGAUGAACUAGAGGACAGCAGCACAACAGCACAGCCAAGUAACAGCUCAGCAUCACUUCAGGCUUUGGAGAAGAUGUCGCUGAGCAAUGGACCAGAGAAUGGAAAUCUUGGGAUGUCGUCUCAGACAAAUCCACAGGAAACUCCUUCAAAGCCAUCAGGAAAUGACUACUCUUCAUAAAAUGGACAAGAACUGAAAACAGUUCACUGACAAUCUGAGGAACUUGGAGGAAACCGACUUUUAAUGUCCAUUUUGCCAGUUUCCACUCCUGACAUAGACAAAGUGGAGUUUGUGGGUUGGGGCCCCUUGAUCUUACUGUGCUUUUUAAUGUGAAAGUCAGUGUUUGAUGCUGUGGUAACGGGAGUGGGGAUAUGUUUUAGUUAUGGUAGCUGACAGGAUAACACUUUGAGAGAGAAAGAGGCACAGACAUAAAAGUGGAUUAAUUUAAUCUCUUCAUUAUUUAAUAUAUUUCAGGAGUCACUGUCUGGGGAGACAUGGAGUGUUUUUCUUCAUUAUCAGUUACAAAUAUUGUUAUGAGGAACUAUUUUCAAGAAAUUAUGCGAAAAUAAAAGAAGGAAAAGGGAGUUAGAAAAGUAGAAAAACGUUCACGAACUCAUUUAGACUACAAAUAUGUUCACACUUCGCCUGGGUUUAGGUUUUAUCUUAUUUUUGAAAAGUUACUGUAGCACAUGUUUUUGUGCGUAAAUUCAAUAGGAUGUGCCCUUUGGUGACCGGUCAUGUCCUUCAGUAACUCUUAGGGCAACAACUGGCCUCUUGCAGGUUGUUGAUAGUACCUUGGAUGCAAUCCUUUUAUGUGAUCUUGUCAAAUAUUUGUCUUUUCUUGAGUUUUCUUUAAAGCAAAUAACUUCAAAGACGUCACAUAUUGUAUUCUCUGAGAAGAUCAAUGAAAGUUCACAAAUCUGUCCCACCAUAUUUAGUUGGUCGUUGAAAGCCCGGAAGGUCAGUGUUGUCAUUACCCACUGUAUCACAUGUUAUAAAUAUCUCUAGAAGAAACCAGUAUCCAUCCCAGUUAUUAAUAGGUAUAUAAUCUUGUUUGUUUUCUGUUUGACAUUGGUAUACCUUUUAGAUAUGUUGUAUUUUAUUGUUAUUUCUAACACUGUUGGUUAUGUGGAAACACAUAACCAACAAUAGAAGCAAAUCCACCAAAACAGCCCCCUCCAAACUAAGAGCAGGAAGGUUGAAUGCAUCCCAGCUUUACAAAGCUCCCUCUUCUGCACUCUGCAUCCCUUAUAAAUUCAGCCAAAUCAUUCAUUAUCCACCUGCUUGUUUUUGACUUAAAUAAACCAUAUAUUUGUUGUAACGCUUAUCCAAACCUUGGUGUAGUUUGUCAGCUUUGAUUUGUGGACUCUGUUUGAAAACGCUCCCCAAAAAAUAUUUUUUUAUCUGUAGCAAUGUUUGCUGAAGAUCAGGAUAAAUAAUGAUGUUUCUCUUG